AUGUCUCGAGCAACUAAAACUCUAGAUAAUAGUAAAAAAUCAUCUAAGAAGAGAGCGGAAAAUACUGCCAUUAAUUGCUUUUUAAGUGAUUUACUAAGAAAAAAUCCAGAUAAACACCCUACCGAUGAAUAUGAUCAUGAUCCUAUAGAAGAUAUUUCAGAUAGUUUAGCAGGAUUAAUAUUAAAUAGUGUUAUAAAAACUGCUGUUAGACGUGCUGUUAAGAAAUCAUCAGCAGAUGAUGGUACCAGAGGGACCCCCACAAUCUCAGAUGAUUCUUUUGGAGUUGACUCGUUAGAUGCUUCGCAAGGUUGUUUAGCAUGA